AAAAAACAGCCUUGGCCAAGGCCAAGGCAUAUUCUUGCCACGUCCAUAAUGCAGGCGUUCGGCUGCACUUUUGCAAAAGUGUUCAACUUUGUGAACAAAGCGUUGUGGGAAGAACGACGAAACUUCCACUUCUUCGCACAUUUUCUGGUUUUUUCUUCAUUCAGAGACGUAGACGGUUUGUCAUUUGUGACUACUUAGAAACUCGCAAAAUGGCCGGCGUUCUGCUACAAGUUUUGGGCUUUUCCGUGCUAUGCGGUUUUGGUGCUUGGGUAUGUUGCGGCAGUGGCGCUGAGGUCUUGCAAGGCUUUUGGCGCGACUCGCUCCCGCUGAUGCCAGAAAGGGUGAAAUUCGUGGAGCUGGCCGAUGAUGACACUGCGGCAGCGGGCUACAAAAAAUCCAUCGCCGGCGAUCACCAUGCGCGUUGGUACGACUGUUCCACGGAAAUCGAGGCAAAAUCAGAAAUGGAAUGGACGACUGUUUCCGCAUCGCCUGACCCCCUGACGCCAGAUGUGCAGCAGGUGGUCCGCUUGAUACUUUUUGCGAAUAGAAAAUUCUCGAAUCUGUAUCCGUGGUAUGGGCGAUUAGCAUCUUGAUCCAUAUGUACAUUACAUGUAGAUUUACCUCUGAACAACAAUUUCGAUCUUCAGGUGAUCCACAAGGAGUUCACGUAUCACGGGAAGUCGGAGCGGAGGGAGUUGGAAGCGAGCUUCCAACAGAUGUACAAGCUUUUCGGCAAAGUCUGGAUCACUUUCGUGUACAUCCCGAAGCUCGACGUGUGCAAAGACCACCCCGGCACCUGCCCGCUGCAGCCGAACGACCACCGAAUUUUGGAGACCAAACACGCCAAGCUCGCCCCCUUCACGCCGCUGGGCUGGUAUCGCAGUCGGCAGGUGUAUCACGACGUGGAAACCGGGGAUCCGAUCGGGUGCAUCGACGUCAAGCUGUACUACGAAGCGGCUCCGGGCUCGAAAAGUAGGAAAUUUUUGGAGAAGCGGACGAGCAAAACGAGCGAUGGGAACGCGAAGAUCGAAGAAAUGCCGCGGCAGGAGUUGGCACAAAGUAAUCCCACCAGUGAAAGAAGCGAGAGCGUUUUCCCUUCAUUUUCCUGGUUUGCAUCGAUGCGGAGCGAAGCGAAGCCAGCUGCGGAAAGCGAGGAUGGCGAUGGAAACAGUAGUGAAAAUCGACCGGACCAUCACGACUCGGCUUCUGCCUUAGUGAGCUGAAAACAGUUGCGCGGUUUGAGUGUAUUCAGCCCGUUGUAGCAGGCGACAAGUGACA